AUUUGACAAUUUGUGAUUGACGUGCUGAAAAAUGAGGAGGAGGAGGAGAAACCCCCACCCCUUGUGGACACUGGUUGGGACCCCAGAGCAAAGACGGCUCAGGCAGAGAAAAGGUGAAGAAGAUGAAGCUGGUGGUGAUUUUGCUCUGCCUGGUCCUGCUGACCAUCUACACAGAUGCCAACCCUAUCAUCAAAGAGAGUUUCGCUAAGCAGCUGCUCCGCAGCAAGAGGCAGGAGCGGCCAAUGAAGCCCGGCCACCCUGAUGAGCCGAUGAGGGAGCAUCUGCUCCACAUGCAGGCUCUGGAUCAGAGGGCCCAGGAGACCAACCUGGAGCACUGGCUGAACCCCCACUGCUACCCUCGCUGCGACAGGAACUAUGGAUACCCCGUCUGAUGAUGGUGAUGAUAGAGUACAAGGCCAGAUGUGACAAAAUGGAUUUGACAACGGCAAACAAUGAAAACUCUUGAAAAGUAAAGAGAUGGAAAGACCCCCCCACUACCCAUCUCUCUCUCUCUCCUGAAAUAUGACCAUGUGAAGACUGCUGAAUAAAUGGUCAUUCAUAUAAUCCUACUGUAUUACAGCUGUGUAGUUUACUGUUACUAGCAAUAGUUUCUGCAUAUUUUCCUAAUUGUGUAUCAUGUAUAAUCACAGAGUGAAAUAAAUUAAUAGUAAAUACACUCAAAAAUAAAUCCAAAUGCAUGCUGGGUAA